AUGGCCAGACGCAAUGGAGGCUUUAACAACCAGCAUCAUGCGAAUGGAAGCAACAACAACAAUCGCCAAUGGAUGAGUAACAACAAUAAUAGCAACGGUAGUAACAGCACCAAGAACAACACCAGGCAGCAGAGGAACAACAACACCGGCCCUCGAAAUCAGCCAGAUCAACAAACCAAAAGCACAAUACCUUGCAGGUAUGGACUGCAAUGUACGAGAAUGGCCAAUGGAAACUGUCAGUUCGGCCACCCGAACAACGGCAGUGUUGACCACGGUAACAGCUCGGGUCUUGGCAAGCAUAUCGUUCGAAACAAUGAAAGUCUAGGCACUACGCAGGGCUGGGACUUUGGCGAGUUCAAUUCCAUCCCCCACAUUUUUGACAGUCAUAUUAACCCAGGCCAGCCGGGAACUAAGUUGAUGCCAGAGCCUGUGUAUGCAUUUGGAACCAGGCCUAGCUGUGACAGGUACGCAAGCGGAUCUUUUCUGGAUCAAGAUGGCGAUGUCAUCAUGUGCGACUGCACCAGCAAAGUUAUGAUGGCGCCGUGCUUCAGUGACUGGUAUAUCAGGAGCCGGGAGUCCCAGAGACAGCUUAGAUUGGAUCAUGAGCAGCUGGUGCAGGAGCUUAGCGACUACAAGCUGAAUCACCCAAGCAACUGGUCCAAGGAAGAGGCGUUCCAACGAAUGUCUGUUGAGCUGAGGAGCUACGUCGCCGACAAGUAUGUCCAGCUUACGAAUGCGGAAGAGGAGGAGCGUAAGAGAAAGCUCGGGAUUCGUGGUUGGUAA